UCUGUUGCGUCGACAAAGAUGGCUUCUGCUAGUGUAGUUUUCCGCAAUUUACCCGUCAUAAAACAGUCAUUAAUAGCAAUAAUAAGAAAUACUGGAUUAUUUGUGAAGUUUAUGUGUGUACUAUUGAUAAUAGGAUAUGCCCUGUCGUUCUCUGAGACAGCAGUGGAGGCGUUGAGUGUGACCCCAGGCUACCUGCUGCCUCCAACAUUCUGGUUAUGGACAGCUUUUACUCACUGUUUCCUAGAGGUCCGAUUAUGGCAAGUCUGUGUAGAUCUCGUCACUCUAGGACUGUGUGGUAAAUUAAUAGAACCAUUAUGGGGAAGCUUCGAAAUGGUUUUCUUUUUCUUAUUGGUGAACGUGUGUGUGGCGUUCAUCUCGGCUCUCUUUUACCUCAUCAUCUACAUGUGCACUUUCAACCCAGAAGUAUUGUUCAGUGUUCAGAUCAAUGGCAUGGCGGGGUACAUAGCAGGGCUGUCUGUUGCGGUCAAGCAGAUAAUGCCAGACCACGUCCUGCUGCACACACGCACUCCCCUCGGCAAGAUCUCCAACCGUCAUGUGCCGCUCUGUUUAUUUUUGACGGCUCUAUUGCUGUACCUGUGUAACCUGUUGGAGGGCCUCUACACUACCAUGAUUGGCUGCGGCAUUGCGGUGUCGUGGGUGUAUCUCCGAUUCUACCAAGUACACUCCAAUGGUACUCGGGGAGAUAUGGCAGAGAUAUUUGCAUUUUCCUGCUUCUUCCCAACGGUCUUGCAGCCACCAAUCCAGGUUGUUGGGGACUCAGUCUAUUCUUGCUUAGUACGGAUAAAAGUUUGCCGAAGACCUGUCCGGAGAUAUGACGUGGGAGCUCCAUCCACCAUUGCCAUAUCUCUCCCCGGCAUGGACCCCCACGAUGCAGAGAGGCGGAGACAAAAAGCACUUCGUCUCUUGAGUGCUCGUCUAAACCAGGACAAGACUGGGGGUGAGGGUGGAGGAGCCUGGCCCACCCUUGAUGAUUCCCCAGGUUCACGUGGUCAGUCCCCACUGCCCUCCUCCUCCUCUAUUACCCCAUCCACACACUCCACUCCUCUUCCGCCUAAAUCUGGCAAGUCUGUAACUAUUGCUAUACCUCCCGAGACUUCAGACCUUCCACCCGCCCAGCCACCCGUGUCAGUUAGUUCGUCCAGCAUCGAGCCCGGGAAUAGUAGCUCCGGGCCGGCAACAACCACGUUAGUAAAUCUUGAAGAGGAGUCUGCGCCAACCACCUAACUUAUAGAUUGUUGGCAUUUGAGCUUGGCCUUGAUUUUCCUAGUUAUUAGAGAAGUUAAUCUCUUUCUUAUAAUUGAGAAGACUCGGUUGGUUUCUAUUGAUUGUUCAUGAAUGUUGGCCUUAUGUUAGAAUUACACAAUGAGAGAAACUGGAAGGAGGAUGAGACAUGUCCAAGUUAGGAACACAGUAAGAUAUAUACUAUAUAUACUGUAUACUGUAGUGCUUUGGGAUGAUACAGUGCAGUAGUAAACAUUGAUGGUGGAAAUACUGUACUUUUAAUAUAUAAUGAUGAAGCAUCUCUUAUGACCAUUGUCCUAUAUACAAACAUAUGCAGUAUACACAUAGGACCACAUUGGUUUGCUAUUAUCGUAUUUUAUAGUUUUUUUUAUUUCGUAUUCUAAUAUGUUGAGCUUUAUCCAGUGAAAGUUUCAGUUGUGAAGAGUCCAGCUUAUACGCACAAGACCAGUGAACAUGUUGCAGGACAAGUCAUUAUGUUUUUAAGGAUUUCUGUCUUUAGAGAAAAAAAGUUCUCGAAAAACUUUUUUGGGAUAUUCAGUAAUUUGUUAGAGAAAGAGGACAUUUUUACUUAUUUUUACACCGAAAUACAUUAUCUAUAUUGCUAACCAUUUCAGUCUGUAUAUAUAAAAUUGUAUUCUUUGUCUGUUUCAACUUAUGAUACAACAAUGGUAAGAUAAUGAAUUUACUCAACACUGUAUUUCUGUUUUAUGGUAGUUCAGCUCUUUGCUUACCUCCAGUUUAUUUAUUUAUUUUUAUCUACAGAAAAUUAUGCUGGUUUCAUCUUUUUUCCUGUCCAUUUUAGCCGUGAACUUCCUCUCUUGCCGAGACCAGACGGCAUUUCGAGGAUUAAAAAAGUGAAGUAUAAAAAUAACUAACAAGAAUAUCCAAAGUUUUGUCUAAUUUCCCCCCUCCAUCUAACUUUAACCGAGCAUAUUUUUCAGAUUCAUUUAAACUAAGACAACAAACUUAAUACCUAAUUUCAUCCCACUCUAGUCCAGCUUAUUUGUAUACAGGUACUGUAAUUAUCCAAAUCCCUUUUUUUAUCUUUUUGCUUAGGUAAACUGCAGUAGUCUUCUGUUAACUUGAUUUAUACGUACAUAUAAUUUUCUGAAACUUGUUCCUGUGUCUAAGAAAUAUCAAAUUGGUGGAUGAAACUUGCCGUAGUCUCAGUUCAGGAAUGUAAUUUUUAUUUUCUCAGCAGAUGAUUGAGCCGUGUAGGGGCAGUACAGUACUCUAUGGAUCAGGGAAGUCUAGGUGUCACAAGCCCAGUAAGAACUUGGCAUUAAAAGUCAGUACAAUUAUAUAGACAUGUUAAAGGAAAUGGUAAAUGGUCUCCAGGGUUGCAAAUGAUUUAUGAUUUUUAUUUAUUUUUGUUUUUAUUUAGGUUGUGUAUGAAAGUCAUUGCCACAAUAAAAAAAAGAGGGCUGUUAUAUUUUAUUUUUUUUAUUUAGGGGGUCUUGAUCCAGUACAGUAUUUGAUUGUUUGAUAGGGGAAAUUAAGGAACAGUUUUCAUAGAUGUAUGUUUAGAAAUCAGUCAGAUCAGUUACUUCAGGGAAUAAUAAAAUACAGAAUAAAGUUUGGAUGCUCAUUACACACUUCAAAUGAGUUGAGUGGAUUGGUAGCUGUAACUAUUUGUAGAGUAAUUUCAUAGUGUGUCAUAUAAUUUUCACACUGCCAUGGAAUGCUAGUGUUGGACUGUUAGUGGUCUACCUGGAAUGAAUGUCAGAAUUUAACAUUGAGAUUUUACCUUUAAUUGUGUACCAUUGGUUUGUUAAUGAUCUUCAAGGUGUGAUCUCUACAUGAUACCAGUACUGAAUAUACAGGCUUUAUGACCUCUGGCUUCCAUCAGUGUGUAGGGAACUUGUCUCAUGGACGUUGUCAGUGAUUCAUGUUUAGGACCAGGUUACGAGUAUCACCUGCAACGAUGAUUAAGAGUCUGACUUGAUGCUAUUGUAUACUGUACUGCUAAAAAUACAGGUGUGGUCCAGUGACUGUAUGGUUAAGUAUGUCUUUCUUGAUUUAUGUAUUGUUGUAGGGAGUGUCGUGGGGAUCAAGCUAGCCAUGUCGGUGAUAUUUUUUGUUUAUUUAUUUAUUUUUAUUAUUGGUCGGCAGUUGUGUAAAACUGAUGAAAAAGUGAUUAAAUCUGUAGGGAUGAUUACGUCAUUACUGUUAUUAGGUUUAAAUUGUGAUCAUUAUAAUUAGCUGUUUUACUAUGAUAUUGGCACUAUUAUUUUUUUAUGUGAUAUGUUGGAUUGUUUGCAUUUUGCUGACCAUGGCAUUAGUUUACAGUGCUAUUUUGGUCUCUCGAUCACGGAGAAGUUUGUAAGCUAAAGUUUAAAGUAACAGUUGAAGGAAGCUAAUUUUGGUGAAUGGUUAAGAAUUCCUUCUGCAUACAAGUUGAGGGGAUUGCUUAUUUCUUCUUAACUUUGUAUAAAUUAUGCUGUAGCUUCUUUCAAUAUGUAUAUACAGUACAGUACAGUAUAUUUUAAUGGUCAACACAAUUGACAUAUGUAUAUACAGUAUAUAGAAGACCUCAGUAUUUUGGAAAAUCAAGUUUAAGAUUUGAUAUACUGGUAAAAGUAAAGUUGGUUUAUAACAUUGCAUAACAAAGUAUAUAAUUUGUCUUUUGCUUUACAUGUAUUGUCAGUUUCUUCAGAUGCACAUGAAAUAUCAUCUGUGGUAUUGAAACUACCCUGGGAUAUUUUUUCUUUACGGUAGAACUUUGACACUUCACUAAUCAUACAUUCAUCGUCACUAUUCUCCACCCAUUUGAAAAGUUCCAAUUAAAUUAUAAUUAACCCCUGAAUGCAUGUCUCCACCCAUUCAAGUGUGGAGCUGCAGAAGAGUCUCGGAGUAUGUUUGUGUCUCACUGAAGAUGGGCCAAAAUAGCAGUGUCAGGUACUGCUUGUCUUACUGCAUCAUAUCACUGCUAUGUACAGACAAGGAUAAAGGUCCUGUCAGUCCUCCAUCCCACCCAUGAAAUGUGAAACUCAUGAACCUGUGAAUCAUAGACAUCACACAGUGUUCCAUCUAUGGACCCAACAAUGUGUGAUGUGUCGGAUUCACAGGCUCAUGGGUUUCGGGAUUCAUGGGUAGGAUGGAGGAUUGACAGGACAUUUUUUUGUGACUGUACACAUGUCUGCCCACUGCCUUGAUCACUUCACUCACAUCACCACCAGUAUCUUAAAAGCUAAAUUUAUUUAUUUUGUUUCAGUUAUUAUUGAAUGUGAAUUUUCACCUAACUUUAAAGGCUCAUAUUUUUGUUUAAUAACUUGUAUUUUAAGUGGGAUCAUUUAUGUUUUUGAGGCACCAAGGCCAGCCAUCCUGCACCAUGCACCUGGACCACCACAAACACUGUACAGUAAUAUAUAACUUGACGGCACUGGAGCGAAUCUUGAUGGUUUGAUAUUUUCAUUUACUUGCCCACUUUGAUCACCCAACCAGAGUUUAGUUAUGAAGUUCUACUGUAUGUGAAAGUUAACUGGAUAUUUUUUUGCUGUGGUCCACUAUUCAGGAAUAAACUCAGUGUAUUAUUGACAGUGAUCAUAAUAUUACUUUCAUAAUGCCAUAGAUAAUUUUAGAGUCCAUCUUAAUCACACCAUAUUGAAGGGAUGUUUACAAGGACCCGUGGAGUCAUAGUCAGUGUUCUACUUACUAGUAAUGAACACUUCUUAUUUGUUAUGAUGAUAAGUUGAUUAAAGGGGGAGGAAUAAAUUGCCAGUGUACUGCUAACAGGUAUACUGUACAUUGGUUCACCAUAUGCAUCGCACUAGCCUUAAUACAGAUUUUGUUCUGAUAUCCACUAUUGUAAUAAUUUCUUCUGUAUAAAAUAUUUUGUCGGCUGUCAGCUUAAAUCUAAUAAUGUGGUACAGUACUAUAUAUCUGCUGGCAUGAUGUCUGGAGGGAGAAUUUAAUGGUUUACAAGAAUUCCAUGAAAUUAAGUUAGGUUGUUGGAUGAGAGUGCAUAUGUAGAGUACAGUAAAGGGUAUAAUGAGAAUUAAUAUAAGAAAAGAGGCAUAGAGAUGUAAGUACACUGAGCAGUUGAAAGACAGUUUGCUGCAAGGUUUUUAUUACUUGUGUUUGGAGUAUUAAUUUAUUACUCUUUACUGAACAUAAACAUUUGCAGCACAUUUUCUGUUAGAAUUUGCCUUAUGUUCUUUUUGAGAUGUAUAAGUGAGAAACACAAACUACCUAUAAAUUAAUGUUUGUCUUGUUUUUAGUAGAUCCUGCAUCAAACAAUACAUUUGUUUGGGAAUAAGACGUGAACUCUUAAAGAUCGUAGUAUAUAUUAGAAGAGAUAGAGUAUAUUAUAUGAUAAAGAAUUUUUAUUUUUCAGUCCACAUAGAAUUUACAUGUGAUAGACAUAGAGAUCCCAUCGAGGAGACAUUAUAGUGAAGCAGUACAUCGGCAGGACAACACACUUGCAUCCACAAUAAAACACACUAUUGUACUUUACCUUACCUUAUGAUAUUUCAGUACUGUAAUUUGUUGAUAUACACUCGAGAAAGGUUUUGGAGAUUGCUAAGCUUGAGGAUUUGGUGAAUAUACUAAACAUUGGUGUUUUAAAGUCCUCAGAAAUUAAAUAUAUAUUUGAUGUUUGAAGUCAUGCAGAUGAAAAUCUUGCUCUACCUUAAAGCUAUCGUUUAAAAGUAAUCCAUUAAGGAAUUCUUAGUAUGAUAAGAGGGGACAUUAUCUUACUUAGUAUAGGUACUUGGAGAGUUAUAGAAGCGAUAGAUAACAAAGAGAGUGUUUUAUAUGUUACCUUGUCUGUUUGUGAUGUGGGAGAAGCCUUGUGAUGGUUAAGUAAAGUCAUAUGUGGUCAUUAACAAGAGUGAUAUCACAAACUAUGUCUUGUGUGUGUGUGUACUGCUUACUGUGCAUGUUUUUCCAUAAUGUGGGUUAUACAUACAGAAUACCUGUACUGUACUUUUGUGUAGAUAUUGUACAUGGGUGUGUUGCAGGCUAAUUUGUCAUUUGUUAUGACAGUUUCCUGUAACAUAUAUGUAAUGGUGAUUAUCCAAGAGUUCAGCUGAUUUGCCAUCUGUUUAUAUCCUUUAUAUUACUGUAAUGUUGAUGUAAAUAGAGACAGAUCACUUGGUUUAUUUUGGUUAAAAUAUUGUAAUUUGCAUAUUUCUUUUUCACUAACUGGUACCCCCAGAAUGGUUUGUCAUUGGUGGUAUUAACCAUAAAGCACUGUUGAUGUUUGGUUUUUGUUGUCUUUUUUGCUUACAGUUUUCCUAACAUAUGGUGUGGAUCGUAGUGUAUUGUGUGGUGAACUCUUCUCUCGAAACUAUAUAUUGAAAAUGGCUUCUUGUAGAGCCAGACAUUCCUCAUGCCAUAUCUGGACAAAAGAGAGAAAGUUUGGCUGUGGUUGCUGACCAAAGUCUAACUCUCAGUUUAUUUUUGCUAGAGAAACUGACCAGCUUAGUCCAUCUACAAAUUAACCUUCGUGACAACAGGUGUGAGUGACCCAGUCUUAGCUAACCUAAUUGAACCUGACUUAACAACGUCAUGAUCUGGUUAUUCUGUGUUUCUCACUACACAUGUAUACUAUGUUUGACCAAAUUGACCCUGUGGAUAGGAAAGAGAUUUAUCUUGUACAGUACACAGGCUACACAUAUCCAGCUGUCUAUAAAAGAAAAAACUAAGAGCCACACUCAGGUCUGUAACCAUGUCCAUGAAGUUUAGCCUGGUAGGUGUACACAGUUGCUGCUGAAGUAGAGAGCAUCAUUUCAGAUUUAUUUUUCUCGCUUGCCUGGUCUGGAAGCACACCUCAGUGAGUAACUGCUAAGAGUGUUUCAGAAUACUACAAUAUUUAAUUGUUUAUGAACAUUUGGAUCAUGCUAGUUUAAAUGUCAGCUUAUAAUUAGAGAAAUGUAAUGCAAUAUAUUUUUUUAUGUGUUAAUUAUGUUGGAAUGAUAAUAAUAAUGAUGAAUGAUUUUCUAAACCUGAAUUAAUAUUAAUGUAAAAAAUAGAAUGUUUUAUAUAUAAAAUACAAAAAUAUAUACCUGUAUUAUAUAAUAUAUAAUGUAUAUAUGUCAUAUAUAUACUUGUAUAUUAUAUACUAAUGUUAACUUUCUCAAAGUUGUAUAAGUUUUUUGUGAUUGCAAUAAAAAAUUUCAAAUAAUUAAGCACUUUACCCAGAUCUGUUGUUGUCACAAUAUUAAACCAAAUUUUGUCGAUUGAAUGGUAUCUGAAGGAUAAAUUUAGGAUUGGCUGUGGUUCCUCAACCAUGGGUGACUACAAAUCAAAUCUUGUUUGUAUGAUUGGGUUUAUUAGAGCCAUAAUUGGUACGUACUUGAUGAUUUGCUGCUUUUUUGGCAGUGAUGUGUUAUUAUCUAUUUCUAUUACCAGCUACUAUACUACAAUUUCUACAGUGUGUGCUAAACCUCCAUUAAACUGGAUUACUGUAACUGGGGGGAAAGUGGUCCAGGUUUAUGAAUUAUUGGGAUUUUGGGGAGUAUUUGCUAGGACAAAAUACUGUAAAACCAUUUACAGCACAUCCAUCUUGAGCAAAUUUCUGUGACUGUCUUACAAACAGUUAAAGUAUUGUACCCUGUUCUGCAUAUAUGUUCCAUUAAAUAUGAUAACAAAUGCAUUUACAUAAUACUUGUUGAAAAACAUAAGAAUUUUACAACUUGUAUAAAAAACCCAAGUUAAAGAUGGAGUGGGUGAAGCAGCCUCUGGUGUAGUGGUUAGCAUACUUGAAUUGCAAAUAAGUGGUCUCGGGUUUGAUCCCAGGGCAGGGUAAAACUAUUGGCAAGUUUCCUUACAUCAAAUGAAUUUUAAAAUAAAUUGGUAUGUUUAAAGAAAAUAUAUGUUUUCCUUAAAAAAGUAGGGAGGGCCAGAUAUAGUCAUGUUUAUCCAGAUAUGUGGUUUAGUAAAGUUUAGUUCAAUGGGAGUUUACUGUACUGUAUUGGCAGUAGGUCAUAUUUGUACAGUACCAUACAUCAAAAAACAUAUAGAAAGUUGUCUUCCAAUGUCAUGGAAUGGCAUUGUGUGAGGCAGUAUGGGUCAGCAUAUUACAAGACCUCAGUAUGUGUGAGUGAUGAGCUCUACCUACACUAGACCUAAAUCUGCCAUGCAAACUCCUGUCUCAUCUUCACAUUGAACUUGUUUUCAUAUCCUUUAUUUUCUCACAACUGUCAUCUUCCUUGUGUUAUUGAUUGUGUUAAACGUAUAAAUAUUUAAUAAAAAAGUUAACGCUCUCCCAUCUUCUCUAUGUGUCAUCAUGUCACGUUGAUCCCCUCUCAGUCAGCCUUGUUUCCUGCUUGCUUUCAUAUUAGUUUUUUAUUUUGAUAUCCUUCCAGAUUAUUAUACUUCAUUAUGUCUUCAUUGUUUUUCCUAAUAUCCAAUAUAGUUGCUACUUGGUAUAAGAUAUCUCACUUAACCAUCAUGGCAAAAUCUAUAAUAAUGUCAUCCCAUGUAGUACUAUCUGACAGACUUUAACUUCUACUCUAGACUAACCUAAACUAAUCAGCCUAACUUAAUCUAACCAACCUAACCUAACCUAACCUUUUGAGCUUUUCAUUCCAUCAAAAACACAUCACUACCUCCAAGAACUCUGUCUUUUACUGUACUUACAACGUUGAUACGUAAACAUCUCUCACCUAUUCACCCUACCUGUAUUACUCACUCUUAUCAGAUUAAUAGUAAAUGUAUAGACUCAAAAGUGUUUGUUUAAUAUUUUGUUAACAGAAUGCAUUACCAUGAUCAAAAACUUAAGGUAUUUCCAUGACACUUAUCUAAACUACGUACUGUAUUCCUCACCUGCGACACAUUUAGUCACAACAUGUGACCACUGAAUAAUUUCUUCUUGGAUUCCAUAUGUAUCUUGCUCAUUAUUGCAUAGUCCUCUGAGCCAUAUUUCUAUCAAUCUGUUAGCCUACCUUCUCUUCCAUUUUCAACUGAGGAGGAUCAAGGGCAAUGAAAACCUCACCUUCACUAUUUGGCUAAUGCCAGAUGAUUUUAGUCAACCCAGAGGGAACCCCAUACACAAUGGGUUAAGAGAAGAAAAGGUAGGGAAGAGUGAGGUAAGAAUGGUAUAGAGAGUCGGGAAAGGGUCAAAACAGCAAAUAUAAAAAUGUUACCCACACAUUUCCUUCUGUAUCUUAACCUCUGUAGUUGUCACUUUUACUUUUAUCCUCUUCACCACUGAUUGGCUCGUUAGCCGCUUGGGUGGUCAGUCACGUCUCUUGUUACUCACUGUUGGCAAGUAUUGGGCAUGAACUGGCACCUGAAUAUAUUGGAACCUGCACUAAUAUUGGUCAAAUCUGGCCUUGAAUGAGCUCACUCUCGGUGCUGUCACAACGCUCUCUGGCAGAUUGUUCCAAGAGUUCACAACUCUCACCCCGAAAAAGUUUGCCCUCACUGUUUUCUGGACUUGUGGCUUCUUCAACCUUGAGCUGUGACCCCUUGUGGGGCAGACAUCCGCCAGCUCCAGGUAUGUACAUUCGACCGAUCAGUGCCCUUUGAGAUGCAUACACUUCGAUUAGGUUUACCCUUGGCCAUCUGUAGCAUAAGCUAGGUAGUUGCAGGCAUUGUAAUCUCUCUGGGUAGCUGAGGUUCCAUAGAGCCGGCACCAUUAAAUUCACUUUUGUUACUCCCAUUCUUUACCUCUUAAACCACCUUCACUUUAGGAACACCAGUUAUAAAAUUUUAUUUGGCUAAUGGUAGAUGAUCUUAUCCAUCUCAGAGGGGGAACCUGUACACUAGGGUUUAAAUGUCAGUUUUGUUGAUGUGUAUAAUGGCAAAGUUCACUCUUACCAUGGCUGUUCUUAGUGUAUAUUAUUUUUGCUUAUAUAACAGUAAUCAGUUAAUAAUGCAUCAUAUUGUGUGUCUGAUGAAGCUUAAAUUUAAUAUAGUUUUCCUAUUACAGUAGUAUAUUUUUUUCUCUCUACUGUCACUUUGGGUAAUUAUUUCAAAAUCAGUUCCUUCUUCCUUUGUUUUUCUCACAUGGAUGGAUAUUUUUUUCACUCUUGCAACCCUAUUUACAUUAUGCUGGCUGGAACUGAGAGCAACAUCGACUUACCCUUACCGGUUGUCAUUCAUUCCUACUGUUGAUUUGGCAUUGUGGUGUCAGUUUAGUUUUGUUGAUGACAUUUAUAUCUUAAAUUAUUUACAUCAUUGAGUUUUUAAUGGCAUACUGUACUAUAUAUCUCUCAUAGGCUACUCAAAUCUCAAGAAAAAUAUAGAAACCCAGUCAGAAGUUUCAAUUUGUGCCUUUUUUCACAUUAAUUGUUAGGAGAUUUUGAAGUACCUGUACCAUACAGUGUAUAUAUUAUUGAUGUGUAAUGAAUAGGUAUAAAGUACAAUUAUUUAGAAGUAAUUGGUGUGUUUUUGCAGCAUAGCACUGUACUGUGGAUGAUGAUGUCAGAAUUUUAAUAUCUCCAAUAGUGUAGACAGCAUUAUGAAAGAGUUUAUGGCAAUGUGUAUAUAUUUUACCAGUCAUAUACUUUGUCAACACACACAAUUAUAUUACCUGUUAAAUCUGUACAUGUCAUAAGUGCUCUGAAGAUUAAAAUUAAAGGUAUCUAUAAUGAUUUUAGUUUAAUAAGUUAAUGAAAAAAUUGCAUUAACAAUUGCCCAGCUUAAACUAUAAAAUUCGCUCUUUUUUUGUAUCUUGACAUGUAAGGUUAUAUAUAUACAGUGCAGUAUCUAAUGUUCUGUACUAUACAGGUAUAUUGUUUGUGGAAAUCAGGUAUCAAUCUUUAUUAUGGUUACAGUACAGUACAGUAUAUGAAAACAUGAUUGUAAAUAGACCUUUUAACUGCUCAGUAACCAGAUGAGUUUAGUCUUGUCACAUAUGAUCAAUUAAGCUCUGAAACACCACCUUUUCCUUUUAUUUCUUUUCAGUCAGUUGGUCCUUUUGCUUGGACCACGUCGUGUAUUUUGUAAUUUUAAUUAGAAUAACGACAUAGAGAGUUUUCAUUCAGAUAUUUGUGGCAGUAUUAUUUCAGCAAUCAUUGAUAAAGUACUAGUUAUCUGACAAGAAAUAAGGAUAGCAAGAAUGCAGGUGUAAAUAUAUAUAAAUAUAUCCCUUUUUUGUGUCCAUCAUGUUGAAGGGACACCACCAUACCUAAUUAAUGGAUACAUACACACAAGACAUGAGAUACAAUAUCAGUUUGAUUUUACUGCCAGAAAUAGUUGACGGGUGAAUGUCUCCGUAGUAUUCAAAUGCCCUAAUUGUUGUUUGUUUCAUUAUGGCCUUGAAGUAAUUUUAUACCUAUUGCCUUGGGGACAAACCAACCAGUCACAAGAAAGGAACAUUGUUUAAUGCACUUCCUAGAAUACACUAACUAUUUAGGGUUCUCAAAUAAAAAAAACCUGACAAAGUGUCACCCACAGUUCACAAGAAAAUUCACAUUUUAUACAGUAAUUUCAAAAUCCAUGUAAUUUAAAAAGAACUAUUUAAAUUACAUUAAGAUAUUAUAGGAUCUAAUUUAUUAUUUUCUCAUAUAAACAAUCUGAAAGACGUUGCAGUUACCCAAGUGUGAGUUGGAUUUGGAGAUUGUGGCAACAGAUGUAGUUACUGUAUUGUAGUUACCUUCCAGCCAUCACAAGGAGAGAAUGGCUAAUUAUAAUUAUAUCCCUAUACAGUUUAAAGCUACCAGGUAUGUCAUUAUAUAAGAGUUGGUGAAGCAAUUAUGGCUUGUAAUGAGACUGCAACUGCUUUACUUUAUUAAGUACAGUACUAUAGGUAUCAAUGAAUUAAUGAUGAUAUUCUUGUCUUCCUUUUUUUCCAUUUUGAUGACCAGCACUAGAGGUGUUGUCAUAAGGUUAACUUUGUAAUACAUAGGGUUAUGUUAAGUAGAAUUGGAUAAAGUAAGGUCAACAAGUGACCUCUGAAUAAAGACUUGUUAUAUAGUAUUUUGUAGUUAUGGGGAUUAUACGUGUCUUAGGAAUAUUGAACUAACAAUAUUUUAAAACAACUACUUUCAGGCAGAUAAUACUUUCAGAAAAUUAUAAAGUUUACUCUAAAUAUUAAUGAAAGGUUUAUUAAUGGUGAAGGACUGCCAUGAACAUAUUACAGAAAAUACAGUUGUACAGUAAGUCGUUAUUGUUACUCACAAAAGAGAAUGAACUGAAACAGUAAUUAUUUUAUAUACAGUGGAGGGAACUAGUCUGUGUGUUAUGCCAAAAUAAAAUAUAAACACUGGACAAUUACUUCAAAUUGACUUUCAACACAGAGCUUCUAAUAAUAUAUAUACUUAUUUAAAACCUUCUCUAUGUAUUUAUACUGCACUGGUUUAUAGGUUCUGAAUAUUUUAUAAUUGUGUGAAAUAUUAGGUUAAUGAUUUGUUGAGUGUGUUAGAGCUGUAAUGUAUUCCAAGUGUCAAGUUAUUUUCACAGCUUUUUCUCAACAAAUUUCCCAGCAUUAUUUAUUUUUUUUUUUUAAUCUUAACAGACAAUUGUGUGUAAUGGCCUGCAAGAUAGAGAAGGGGCAAUUAUACCUUGAAGAAAAUUUGGUAUUGCAUAAUAUAAUUCCUAUAAAUUUAUGGAUCUGCAGUUUUUUUUUAUUAUUAAGCAUUUUUAUAUACGGUAGUUAUUUAAUAACAUGUCACCACCUUUUUUGAGAGAGAAAAUUAAGGUUUACUAUUAAUAAACAAUUAGGUAAGAGCACAAUUAAUUUUGUGACUAACAGUUACAAGAACAAGAAUACAUGAAUCAUUGUACAGUACAAUAGUUAUUUACCUAAAUAUUCAGUGAUUUGUACCUUAUGUAUAGUCACAUAGCAUCAAGCAUUUUGGCUCAACCUCAAGUACAGUAAAACUGUGUUGUAUAGAACAAGUAUCCAGACGAUAGGCGGAUCCAAGAUUUUUUUGCAUUUCAGUAAUAUCUCAUUGUAAGCGGUGAAACAUUAACUGGGAUUAAAAUGAUGUUUUUGUUUAGAAAUUAUUACUAUGAGUUUAAUCAACGUUUCAUAACUCACGGGUAAUAUACAGUAGAGGGUUAAUAUUGCCCAGAAUUCACUUGGGGUUUAUUUAAUGAAUUCAACAGUGGCGUUUGUUUACUUGGCCCCCUUUACCUUCAGUUAUCUUAAUUAACGCGAAAUUUUGUUAGUGAGAAGAGAAACAAUUUUAUUCCACGUGAGAUCGUUUAUAAAUUUAUAUAAACUAAAUUCAAUAUAAUAUAUUUAUGCAACUUAAGAUAUGAAUACCCCGGAAUAUUUGAGUGCUCAGUUCUCAUGGUGUUGCCCCAAAUAGUAGAGAGAGAGAGUUUGCUUAAAAUUAUUCCAUUAAUAUUGCACAAUGAUAAACAUGAAUACCGGUAUCGUACAUUUAUGUAAUCAGUCACUUGGGUUCUGUGGCUGUUAUUCCAAUACUGAGCAAGUGAAAAUGGUUAAUAUCUAAUCAUUAUACAGUUGGUAAGAAGAAUUAUUUCUUUAUAGUGUUGGCUAUAAGUGUCUUUACUAGAGCAUCAUUGGAAACAGCUUGGAGGUGAUAUUGUUUAAGAGGUCGUAAUGAGAUUGGCAAGUGCGCGACGUAAUAAUGUAGUUGAGUUGAAUACUCCACACUUAUGAUGUAUUCUUAGUUAUUUGGUUAUGUUUGUAAUGUGUUGAGUGUCUGUAUGUAAUUCUGAAAGUAUUUUGUACAAAGUUAAAAAUUUCUAUAACUGGAGGUGUUAAAUAAUAAAAUGCCUGAUUUGUA